AUGACAAUCAACAAAGAAACAAGCAAUGGGGCUAUUCAUCAAACAAAUGGAGAUGUAUCAUCAAAUACUUCAAAAUCAACAAUUAAUGAAGAUACCUACUAUUCUAAAAAGUAUCAUGAAUCAAAUGAUAAAUCAAAUCAAUUUAAAAAAAAAGAUUUAAAUAAUACUAAAAUAUAUAAAAAUAAACAUCAUCAACAAAAUAUGAAAAGAAAAGUUCCUGUUUCUAAUAUUACUGUUGCUUUUAAUGCUAAGAAAGAUGAUACUAAUGGAAAUGAAAUUGUUCAAAAUAACGUUGAUACAAACAAAUAUAAAGAAUACUCAAAUAAUAAUAAAAUUGAAGAAAAUAUUGGUAACAAUUUAAAUGAUCAAAACAACAGUUCAGUUAGUAAUGGAAAAUCAUAUGAUAUUACAAAUACACCAACAACAACUACAUCAAAUGAAUAUAUUACAGCAAAUGGAGAAGAAGAAAUUUUAGAAAAUUUAGAAAAUUUAGAAACUAUUGAAAAUUUAGAAAAAUUUGAAAAUCAAUUAUUUUCACAAAAUUGUAUAAAUCAAAAUAAUGAAGAUGAUGAAACUUUAAGUUCUCCUCCUCCUCCACCAAGUGAAGUUGAUUUUGAUGAUGAUGACUUAGAUAAACAAGAGCUUAAAGAACAUGGUGUGAAAUUUAAAUUAAUUGUUGAAGAUAACGAUGAAAAUCCAACUACGAAACAAAAUGAAUUUAUUAAAACUAUUUCAUCAAUUUUAUUAAAUAUUAGUUCAAAUUUUAAAGUUUUUGGAAUUAAUAGAGAUGAAUUAAUUAAUGAAGAUAAUGUUAUAAUUGGUGAAAAAAAUGAAAAAGAUGAAGAAGAAUUAGAAGAUCAAGAAGAAAAUUCAAAUACUUCAAUUACUGCACUUUUUCAAAAUUCUGCAACAUCAUCAACUACAUCAAUAUUAGAUUAUCCAAUGCAAUUAACAAGUCCAUUUUUACAAUUUUUAAUUUUAAAAGCAAAUUUUUCAAAUUUAAAUUUAAAUUUAGGAACAAAAAUUAAUGAAAAAUUUAAUGAAAUUUUUAACAAAUUAAAUUCAUUAGAUUUAAAUUUUAAAAAUUUUAUAAUUGAAAUGUUUAUAAAUGAAAGUGAUUGGGAAAUUAAAGAAAAUUAUUUAAAACAAAAAUCACAACCAACAAAAGAAUUAACUAUUUUUCAAAUUUUAAUUGAAUUUUUUACAAUUAAUUUUGUAUUUUUACAAAUUUUUUCACAAUUUUUAAUUAUUUUAUUAAUUUCAUUUUUAAGAUUAUGUGUUUUUAGUUUUAAAUGUUUGUUUAAAGUUGGUAAACAACAUUUACAUAUUGAUUAG